AUGCUUAAACAGUGUGACAGUUGCUGCUUUAUUGCGGGCAGCUCCUUUCGGAUCCUGCGCUGGAAGGAGACGGCCCGUCGUGUGGUUGACAUGGACGCGCUGGACUAUGAUGAGGAGGCGUCGCCUGCGGAGCCCAAGCCGAAGGCGACUCCGAAGGCCGAGGCGAAGGCCACUGAGCAGCCACAGUCGACGGGGACUACGCAGAAGCCGCCGCAGGUGAAAAAUCCUCCGCCCGACCCCCCGACCGAUGCCAAGCCAUCGACAGCCGCGGCCGCAGCCUCUUCAGUCGUCCAACCAGCCGUCCAAAGCAAGGCGGACGGCAAUGGCAAGGACGGCAAGGGCAAGAUCAACGCCCAGACGGACGGCAAGGGCGCCGCCCAGACGGACGGCAAGGGCGCCACGCAGACGGACGGCAAGGGCGCCACGCAGACGGGCCCUGCCAACACCACGCAGACGGGCUUGGGCAAGGGAAGCAGGGCCAAGGGGGAUGGCAAGUCGGCAGCUGCCAAGUCGACAGGCGUGCCCGCAGUUGCCCAGCCCACCGAGAAGGAGAAAGCGUGGUCCGCGGCGCCGAAAGUCGAGAAAGAAAUCGCGCCGAACCAGCAGUGGCAGAUUCCCAGGUGCGAAGUCAUCCGACGGCUCUUCGAGGAGAACCCCGCAGUCGCGGACUGCCUCCUGCGGCACGCCGCCGAUGCCAAGGCGUUCAGCGCCGUCCUAGACGUCCUGUUGCAUCCGUCGCCGCGUGGUCGCGCCUACGUAGUCGAGUUGUUCCACAAGGUGCUCAAGCACGACGCCUCCGCCAACACGUCGGCCUACCUCAUGACGUGGAGUCAGGAGAAGAUGUACUUGUUGAGCCUUUCGCCAGACCACUGGGGCGAAUGGUCGAAGCCCGCCUCGUAUCAGUCGGGCGAGUGGAGUUCCUCCGAGCAAGGCUUCUGGAACACAGUCGACUGGCGUGCCAGGCCCUCGAUGUACCAGGACUGA